AUGGCCGACCGACCCGCCAAGGCCCGCAAGGUGGCCGCUUCCUCCUCUUCCCCCAGCGCCAACGUAAUCGUGCAGUUCGAAUCGGAAGAUGGCGUGGCAGCAGGUCCUCAGCUCGACGUGCCGGCCGAAGUGACGACACCGCAGCUGGAGACGCUGCUGAACGGCAUCCUCUCCAACGAGCACAAGGUGCCCUACUCCUUCCAGGUGGGCGGCCUCGAGCUGGCCGCGCCCCUGGGGGACCACCUGCGGCAGCACGCCGCCUCCGUGGAAGCGGCGCUCAAGAUCGUGUACCGGCCGCAAGCCGUGUUCAGGGUGCGGCCCAUAUCGCGGUGCACAGCGUCCUUGGCAGGCCACUCUGAGGCAGUCCUGUCCGUGAGCUUCAGCCCUGAUGGCAAGCACCUUGCCAGUGGCUCCGGAGACUGCACUGUCAGGUUCUGGGACUUGGACACGCAAACUCCACUGAAGACUGGGCAGGGUCACACAAAUUGGGUUCUAGCUGUUGCUUGGUCACCAGAUGCUCGCCUUUUGGCAACUGGGGACAUGGAUGGGAAGGUGUGGCUGUGGACUGCGGACACAGGGGAGCCCCUGGGUCUCUGCAAGGGCCACCAGAAGUGGAUAUCAUCCAUAGCCUGGGAACCUGCACACCUAGCUUACCCCAGCCAGAGGUUUUGCACCGGCUCAAAAGACUGCACCAUCAGGGUGUUUGAUGCAAGGACGAGGCGAUGCCAGUUGACACUGUCAAAUCAGAGCAAGGCGAUCACUUGUGUGACAUGGGGUGGCGACGGCGCCAUCUACUCAAGCUCGCGGGACACAACAAUCAGUGUUUGGGACUCGAAAGAUGGACACCUUUUGUCCUGCUUGAGGGGCCAUGCCCACUGGGCCAACACUCUGGCGAUCAGCUCAGAGUACGCACUACGAACAGGCCCCUUUGACCACACAGGGAGUGCUCCGGAAGAUGCUGAGGGCGCCAGAAAGGCUGCAGAAGAGCGCUACAAGGAGGCGACCUCCAGCCGGCCUGAACGCCUGGUAUCUGGCUCAGACGACCACACCAUGAUGCUGUGGCAACCUUCCUCAAGCAACAAGCCGAUCGCCAGAUUGACAGGACAUCACCAGCUCAUUAACCAGGUGCGUUUCUCUCCAGACGGCAGAUGGAUCAUCAGUGCUUCGUUCGACAAGUCUGUGAAGCUGUGGGAUGGGAUGAAUGGGAACUUCGUCGCCAGCUUCUAUGGCCAUGUGGGCCCUGUGUUUCAAGUUAGCUGGUCCUCGGACAGUCGGCUAUUUGUGAGUGGCAGCAAGGACAGCACCCUCAAGGUGUGGGACAUGAAGUCGAGAAAGCUGAAGGUGGAACUCCCAGGUCACUCCGACGAAGUGUUUUCGGUGGACUGGAGCCCAGACGGAGGCUCUGUCGCUUCCGGGGGAAAAGACAAGGUGCUGAAGCUUUGGCGGCAUUAG